AUGUCCGUUACUCAGGAAACACUCGAAAGUUCUGAGUUGAUCAACUGGACGAUUUUCCAGGAACUUUUGCUCAUGGACGAAGACGAGGAAGGCUUUGCCCUUUCGUUGGUUCAAACGUUUGUGGAUCAGGCGUCGGGCAUUUUCAAGGAAAUUGAGGCCCUUAUUCAAAAACAGGAUCCGUCCGAGGACGAUCUCAAACGUCUUGCGUCGCUGGGCCACUAUUUGAAAGGUUCAGCCGCAGCUCUGGGAUUACAUAUAGUGCAACAGGAGUGCGAGAGAAUUCAGAACUACGGCAACAAGAUCAAUUUGGACGACUAUGAGCCAGCGACUAAGGCCAGCACAGUAAACGAUUGGAUCGAUUGUAUUCAGGCCGCAUUUAAGAAUGCGCUAGAUAACUAUGAAAAGAGCAAGGAGCUGUUGAGUGGGUUUUUCGGUGAGCAGCUAUGA